GAAACAACGCAGGCGCAGCACGUUGGUCUCUAGAACUGCUGCAGAGCAAAGUUGAGGCUUCGACGUCCCAGCGUGCUCUGCGGCUACGAUGUGUGACGUCGGCGGAUGAGGAAGCGCUGUUAGUGCGGCCUGUAGCUGCGCCAAAACUGCCCAAAAGAGAGAGGCGUAAGUCAAGAGACACCAGCCCCAGUGAUUUGUAUAGUAUACAGGGUCAACCUGGGCUGCAGCUGCAACACACAUCUGUAUGAGAGCCAAUUACCUGCAAGUCAAAGAGUUGCCUCAGGGCUAACAGCGUGCGGCGUAUAUAAACACCAGGAAUACUGACUUACAUAUCUUCCAUUCCAAGAGUCUGCUUCCUGUCACUUGUUGGAACCAUGUCGGACCCCCCAAGUUCCUGUACCCCAUCAACCUCGGACCCUGCUCGCAUCAUUAAAGUGACAGUAAAAACCCCCAAAGAGAAAGAAGAAUUCGCUGUACCUGAAAACAGCAGCGUCAGGGAGUUCAAGGAGGAUAUCUCCAAGCGCUUUAAAGCCAACACAGAACAACUUGUCUUAAUAUUUGCUGGGAAGAUUUUAAAAGACCAAGACACCCUUGGCCAGCAUGGAAUCCAUGAUGGGCUGACAGUUCACCUUGUCAUCAAAACUCAGAACCGAUCACAGGCUGCACCUGUUCAGUCAAGCAGCUCCAACACAUCCACAACCAGCUCUACAACAUCAAGCAGCAGUACCACUACAACAUCAACCGCAAGCACUCCUUUUGGCUUAGGUGGUUUAGGUGGACUAGCGGGGCUGAGCAGCCUGGGCAUGAAUGCAUCCAACUUUUCUGAACUCCAAAGUCAGAUGCAGCAGCAGCUUAUGUCCAACCCAGAAAUGAUGGUUCAGAUCAUGGAGAAUCCAUUUGUUCAGAGUAUGCUUUCUAAUCCUGACCUCAUGAGGCAGUUGAUAAUGGCAAAUCCACAAAUGCAACAGUUAAUCCAGCGAAAUCCAGAAAUAAACCAUAUGCUUAAUAACCCGGAUAUAAUGCGGCAAACAUUAGAACUUGCUAGAAAUCCAGCAAUGAUGCAAGAGAUGAUGAGGAACCAGGACAGAGCCUUGAGUAAUUUAGAAAGCAUCCCUGGUGGUUAUAAUGCCCUGAGAAGGAUGUACACAGACAUACAGGAGCCCAUGCUGAAUGCUGCCCAAGAACAGUUUGGAGGGAAUCCUUUUGCUUCUCUUGUAAGCAAUGCAUCAAACGCAGGCAACCAACCUUCUCGAACAGAAAACAGAGAUCCUUUACCGAACCCAUGGGGUCCUACUUCUAGCACUGCAGGGUCUACAUCCACUGGAAGCACUACAGAAGUAAACAGUGCAGAAAGCAAUCCCACAGCAGCAUCAACACAACUACCUAAUUUGGGAGCUGGCAUGUUUAAUACCCCUGGUAUGCAAAGCUUGAUGGAACAGAUUACAGAGAAUCCUCAGCUGAUGCAGAAUAUGUUGUCUGCACCAUACAUGAGAAGCAUGAUGCAGUCUCUUGGCCAGAAUCCUGAACUUGCAGCCCAGGUUAUGCAGAAUAAUCCUCUCUUUUCUGGAAAUCCUCAACUACAAGAACAAAUGAGACAGCAGCUUCCAUUUUUCCUUCAACAGAUGCAGAAUCCUGAAACAUUAUCAGCAAUGUCAAAUCCAAGAGCAAUGCAGGCUUUACUGCAGAUCCAGCAAGGAUUGCAAACUCUUGCUACCGAAGCUCCAUCUCUGAUGCCAAGAGGCAAUGUCCCUUUUGGUGGACUGGGGAGUGCUAAUUCAUCACCUGCAAGUGUUCCUUCUUCAGCACCCACAGAAAAUUCAAGUCCACUGUCGGGAUUAUCUGAAGCAGGGCAUCAGCAGUUUGUUCAGCAAAUGCUUCAAGCCCUUUCUGGUGCUAACCCACAGAAUCAGAAUCCAGAAGUUAGAUUUCAGCCGCAGCUCGAACAACUAAGUGCGAUGGGAUUUUUAAACAGAGAAGCUAACUUACAAGCUUUAAUAGCUACUGGUGGAGACAUCAACGCAGCAAUCGAACGACUACUGGGCUCUCAACCAUCCUAGCAACAUUUUCCCAACAAGAAACAAAGUGUAAUUUAAUUUUUAUAAUGGCUCUUUAGUCUGGAUAAAACACUUGCUUUAUUUCAAUUGGACUCACAGAUUUCCUUCUUGUUCCAAACCAAACCAGAUGUAUUAGAGCUUAGGGCGAAGUAGAGUUGUUUUUCUGAGAGUGCGGAUUAGAGGUUUCAUUUGGAUGUGCUGCAUGCAUCAGGCAACACCUGUACCCCUUCUUCCUUCUGCAUUGCUUUGUGAUUUUUUAAAUGAAUAGCUUCUGCAGUUGGGUUAACCCAGGGAUAUUCAAUCUUUGGCCCUCCAGCUGUGGUUGUACAGUGUGAGGCUGGAUGAGACAUCUGCAAGACUAUAAGCUUGCUUAUCCCUGAUUUAACUGGUUUCAGCUGUUAAAAGGUAUUUUGCUUUAAACCAGUAGCCUUCUGUAGUAAUUUAUGUGGAAUACAAACUAUACAGGAAGUAAAAUGUAAGGUUAUAAUUAGUGAUGCAAUAUCGCUUUUUGUGACUUCAGCAUGUAUUUUCGCUAGCAUUGUGCUGUAAGAUUCAUAUUGCUUAUUAAUAAUUUCCUUUUACCUUUUUUUUUCUGUGGGGGGGUUAAACUACAAAAGCUCACUUGCAACAUGACAAAAUUAACCCUGACAAACACCUACACGCAGAUAAUCACAAACUUGUCUUUAUGGAAAUACAGUAUACAAUAAAGUACAGUACAGAA